UUAACAAUAUAAUGUCGAUUUAGCCCUGGCAAGAUCUUGCCCCACACGAAGGGCUGUGGUGGCAGAUCUGUCUACAUGUAGGGACUGUCGGGUAAGGCCAGACCAAAGGCCAAGACCUACUUGUACAUGUACCGGUAGUAGUUAUCACAGUACAUGAAUGGUAUGUAUAACCAUAACGCUGCUGGGUAGCUAGUUCUCACGUUGCAACACUGAACGUAACAGGCUCUCAACAAUCGUUGACUUCAAAUUGAGCUCCAGAGCAAGCAUCAUUCAUAAUGGAGGGGAAGACAGUCAGCACGUGGGCCGGAACCUUCUCAUGUACCCCUGAGCUCUACUUUGAGCCUGGCUCUGUUGACGAAAUCAAACAGAUUUUGGAGUCGGCGCGUAAGGCCAGCAAGCGCGUGAGAAUGAGCGGCCAGUUCCACUCGCCGUCCAACAUCGCGAUGACCGACGGCUACAUGAUCAACAUGAAGAACUUCAAUCACGUCAUCGAGGUGGACAAGGACAAGUGUCAGAUCAGCGUGGAGGGAGGCUGCAUCAUGGAAGACCUUAACGCCAAAAUACUCCCCUUGUAUGGUAUGGCUCUCAGCAACCUUGCAGCCAUGUCAAAUAUUACUGUCGCUGGAGCAAUUAGCACAGGAACUCAUGGUACCGGAGCCAAGCAUGGUAUCCUAGCAACACAGGUUAUCCAGUUGGAGCUGCUAACGGCACAGUGCGAGAUCCUGCGAUGUUCCCGGAUGGAGAACGAGGACCUGUUCCGUGCCGCGCUGUGUAGCCUUGGAUGCUUGGGCGUCAUUGUCACGGUAACCAUCCAGUGCGAACCAGAGUUCAAACUCCACAAGAGGCAAAUGUCUUGCACUUUGGACGAGGUCCUGGAUAAACUGGACAACCACGUGGCAAGCAGCGAGUUCUUCCAAGUUACAUGGUUCCCGCACACAGAGGGCGCCAUAAUGAGCCAGACUGACCGUACCCGGGAACCGGUCAUGUCCAGCUUCAACUGGUUCCGUGACUGCUUCCUCAGUUUCUACACCCUGCAGUUCCUGUACUGGCUCAGUUCCUUCCUGCCAGGGCUGAUCCCAUCCAUUAACAGGCUGUUUUACAAGUGGUGCUUCACAGGUUGCCGUGACGACAUUGCCAUGAGCCACGCAAACUUUGCUAUCUCGUUCCGCUUCAAGCACGAUGUCACUGAGUGGGCCAUUCCCAGAAGUCACACUGCGGCAGUGUUGCGAGAGUUGAAAUCUUGGCUCGCUGCCAAUAAAGGCGUCUAUGUCCACAUUGGGGUUGACCUGCGAUUUGUCCAGGAGGAUGACAUCAUGCUAAGCCCCGCCUACGGGAGGGAGACCUGCUUCAUCAACACAGUCAUGAACAGGCCUUUGGGAAAAUUCAUCCCACAUGACGAGUUCUGGUCAGCCUUUGAGAGGAUCAUGUGCAGUGUCGGAGGAAGGCCUCACUGGGCUAAGACCCACGAGCUGACUGGAUCAGAGCUCAAGGUCGCCUACCCAGAGUUUGAGGCAUUCUGUGAGAUCCGCCAACGCCUGGAUCCACAGGGGAUGUUCUUGAAUGACUACAUGGAGAGGAUCCUUCCCCUGGUCAAAGGCCCGGUAUCACCCUGGUGACCCUAUCGAUCACCUUGACAGCAUAAGAUGCACCACUGUUGCAAACUGAAAUAACUUUCCCUUGUUUUUGAAUAGUGCCAUUGCUAUUUUGGCCCAAGGCCACCACAGUGCAUUAUCGUAAUGCACAAAAAUUGUUUAUCCGCCUUUGAAUGUCGUAAAUGAUUUCUUGCGCUGUCCUUCAGUAAACUAGAUAGGGUAAGCAGCGUGUACACAAGAUCAUUGUGGUCCAAGAAAUAUUGUAUAUUUUACCUAAAUGUCAGAAUUUUAGUCUACUUCAGUUUAGUUAAUUUUAAUGUCAAAUGCAUAUCAAGUUUUAAUAUUCUGUGAAAAUUUUAUAUAGAAGACAAGAAAUUAUGCAUUUGUUUAUAAAAAGAAAAAUAAAUGUGCCAAAUGUUCCUGGAUCGUGUAAUAGCCUCAUGUCAUAUUUGCAUGAGAACAGGUGAAGUAUUAUUCAUGUAAAGUGCAUGCUUAUCAUUGUGGUAAAUGUCAGUUUCGUUCAAUUUCCACCAUCAUGCAGUAUUUUUGCUCAACAUGUGCUGCAGUAUUAAACCUCAGGAAACCAGUCAAACACCUCUUUGAAGAUUCCCCUGUAGAACUGUCGGACUUUCCUGCAAAAAAACUUCCUUCCCUCCUGACUAUUACCUUUGAGUCAAGUCAGGGGUCCCUAGUAAAAGCAUGUUGUGAACAGCACACACACAACUAGACAUAACUAAUUUGUGACCUGUCAUGACAAAAUGAGAGUUAAGUCGCAUCCCACUUUUUCCUAUUUUGAGGGUUGGAUGUCAUAUUGAAGUGAAGGUCAAUUUUUGGGUUUUGCAAUAUUCGGAAAGAGUGAACCGUCUCCUUUUUAAUUCCAAAUAUUUUGCAAAAUCACAUUAUUUAGAAAUGUCAUUUUCUCAGCAAUUACAACAAAAGUAUAGUAUUCAUGCCUGACCUGAAAUGUUGAAACAAUGUCAGGAACAAAGACGCAAAUUGCCAGAAUACUGUCACAUUGUCACCUUGUACUAUUACCCUAAGUGUUAUGUACACACAAUUGGAAAGCUCUCUUUCUGCUGAAUUCCAAAAUAUCAUUAUCUCAGUUUCUGAAAAAUCUGACUUUCAGCUUAUUUUGUGGUGACAGAAGGUCACAUUUAUUCUUUUAUUACAUGCAACAUUCAUGUAUAGAGUUAAUUUAAAUAGCGGGUUUUGCCCUUACCCAACGUAUAUAUUGAUAAACACUGUAUGCUCAGUGCUUGUUCGAGAGCUUGCCAAAAAAAUCACAAGCUUACUCGGGUGGGACUCAAACCCACAACCUUCCACUAACUGGUGCACUAGUGAGCAGAAGGUCGUUGAUCGAGAAUCGUGGGUUCGAGUCCCACUCGUAUAUCAAUAUGCACGUUGGGUAAGGGCAAAACCCAUUAUUUAGAUUAACAUCUCCCCAACGCAAAAAUACAUCUGGAAAACAUUUUUAGAGUUAUUAGUGAGAUGAGAGUACUAUCUCAUAUUUUUAUAUUUUAUUCCAUAUGCCAUGUUUAAGAAAGGUGUUAACCUUCACACUAGCGUCAGUAUUUGUCAUUUUUGCAAACUACGUUUUUAUUCCCAGUUGUUAAACAUUGAAGAGCAAAGUGGGUAGUGGGGUUUCCAGUGACUCAAGAACCCCUGGAGUCAGGGCAGGUCUGUGGUGGAGAAUAUCACCCAGAGGUGAUAUCUAGCUGAAUUGAAACCAAAAGGUGUUUGAUAUACAUCUGACGGGGGGGGGCCAAACAAGCAACAUCCCAUGGUGCAGUUUUGCCGCAUUAACUAAUUGCACCAGUCACAGUUAAAAGAGCUGCUCAGAAACAGUUUCCUGAACAAAAUAGCUCUCCCCAUACAAAACAACCUCCAUUAAUGACUCAUAAUGUCCACUCCAAUUGAUUAAAUAUCCUCACCGUGCCCUUUUUGGGCGGGUUGCCUGUGUUGCCCCCCCCCCUGCCAAUCCAUAUUUGGGUUUGGCCAUUUCCAGCACGUGGGGGAAAAUGUGUGCAUGUUGUGCGAGUAGUGCUGUACAUUUACGGAUGAAACGAAACCAACUGCAACUACCUCAGAAAACCUGAAAAACGGGUAUUACUCUUAUCCGUAAUCCACGCCUGAAUUGCCAAACCUAUAAUUAUUGGGUUCAGUAGAUCAAUUGGUUGGUUUUAAAUGCACGAACAAGUUUUUCGUCGACUGACAAUAUGCCUUUAUUGCACGCGGCCUAGCCUAAAUUGUCAUUCGCAGCAUCCUGAAAUCGUGGUAUCCAGUUAGUUUUGCAAAACAAUCCCCCCCCCAAAAAAAAUUCCAACCUUCCUUUUUCAUCAUUGUACAAUAAGUAGUAUCAUUUACAAGGACUGACGGAUGGGAGCCACGUAUUUUAUCAUUUUCUUAUAGAUUUUAACUAAGACCUGGGCUAUAUACAUGUACGCCCUGCUGUAGUCGCGCUAAAUUCAAAUAAUUUGAUUUUUUUUAACUUCUGCACAACGAUAUAGUAUGGCAAUUGGCGCCAAAUUGGCUCUGCUCAUCACGAAGGUAGGAGGGCUAAUACAGGCUUGGACAGGUCCCCGUCCCUGUUACACAGGGGCCAGUAGCUAACUACGGUUUAAAAUGUGCGGUUAGCCCUGUCAGUUUGGAUGCUGAAUUUUUAAGUUCUGUCAGGCCAGUAGCAAUGCUUUAAUAUGAAAUACAUUUCAGC